AUGCAUUGGAAAAAAUCUACCCUUUUCAUGGCCACCGGCAUCGACUGUGCCCUAGCAACCCGCCGACAUCUUCAUGGACACGGCCAUGGCCAUGCUCAUCUCAUGCUACACGCCGAGAAACUGGAGCCUCGAGACCUGGCUUGGGCUGACCAGAUCCCAGCCGACAUGCUCAUCGAAUUUCGCACCCUCACAACAACAAUAUAUGAGGAUUGCGCCCCAACAAAUACAGUUUAUAUCACCACCACCACGAUCGAAGACAUGUCCAAGCAAACUCACUUGCUUCCUAAGCCUAGCCUUGCUGUGAAGCAAUCUCUGUCUGAAAAGCCGGAAGCUACAACAACGGUACAUAUGACGAAGACCGUGAUGGAUAUUGUAGUAGAAACACCCCCAGCCAAGACGAUAGGCUCUGUUCCUGAAUACGGUGAUACCGACGGGCGUAUCGACAACGUGACCGCACCAUCCCCAGAGGUCGCGCUGGAGACAACGAGGACUGGAAUUCAUUCUACGACGACAGUUACUUCCUCAUUGUCUGGGUUUGGAAAUGCGACCGUCACAGUUGCCCUUAAUGUUACAGAGCCUUCUAGAGAAGCACCAGCAAGAGAGGCACCAGAAAGAGAGGCGCCAGCCAUCGAGGCCCCAGCGAGAGAAGCGCCAAUAAGGGGUACAGCUAGAAAAUCGCCCCCUAAAGGGCUAGAAGGAAAGGAAGCCACCAUCGAAGGACACCUCAUUCCCGAACCCACACCAAUAGAUCCAGCCCCGGGAAUCCUCCCAACACUACCCGGCCUCCCCCAGCUGCUCCCAGCAACAGCGAUUCCAAACAUAAACUCAAUCGGCCAAGCCCUCGACCUAAAUGGACACCCCCUACCAAAGAACAUCCGCUGGAGCUACCUCCCAAAAGACAGCGAGAUAUCCACCAAAGGAUUUGGAGGCCGCAGCACCCCAAAAGGCUCAGCCGUGAAAUAUUGCGGCAAUGUUGGUAUACCCUGGGGUAGCAACAUUAUCGCUGUUAGUCCCACGGAAGCGCAUCGCUACAAAUACGUCGCCCGGUUCACCGGAUCAAAUACAGAGCCGUGGACAGUGACGAUCUGGAACAAAGUCGGUCCAGACGGAAAGAUGGAUGGGUGGUACGGACAUUCUGCGUUGACUUUUGUACUUGCGCCUGGGGAGACGCGGUAUGUUGCUUUUGACGAGGACUCGGAGGGUGCCUGGGGUGCUGCGCCUGGCACAACAGGACUUCCGGUGGAUCAGUGGGGUGGAUAUACUUCUACCUGGGGAGAAUUCAGUUUUGGAGAUGGUGAGAAUAGUGGAUGGUCAGGUUGGGAUGUUUCGGCUAUCCAAGCACAGCUUGGUCAUGAUGAUGUUCAGGGAAUGCGGAUUUGUCAGGCUGAUGGAAAGGGUUGUUCAAUCAUCGAGCCUAAUGCUAGGAGGGUGGUUAAUGCAUAUACGCAGUCUGAACGGCAUUAUGAUGGGAUCGGAGGUGCUGCUGCUCCAGGGCCGGUACGGUUGGUUGUAAAUUUGGAUUAUCGGGGAGUGGUAUGA